CAUCGCCCUCCACGAAUCCUUGCUUACUGCUCGAUCAACAUGCCCCCAAUCAAAUGCGUCGACCACUACUGGAACGCCGAUGACAAGGCGUGGACGCACAAGGACACUGACUCCAAAGUCCCCGCAGAAGCCGUCCAGCCUCAGACCAGUUCAGCUGGGAGCUCGGACGAUUGGAAGGAGUUCUGCUUCGUCGUAGUGCGCAAACUCCCCGGGGGCCCUGUCACGCGCAGGAACAAUCAGAAUCAGGAUCAGCCUAUCACAUUCAAGAUCGUAGUGAAAAGUCCACACCUUCACAAGGCAUGCAAAGAGGUCAUCGGUGAGAUCCCCGGACUGUCGUGGAACGCCGAACCGGUGGAGCUCGACCCUCACCUUUUGGUCGCCUUCUUCCCCAAAUUAGAAGCGCACCAUGCGGCGCUUGAGUCCAUCACGCGCAGUGACGACGAAGAGCAAGCGUAUACUACUCUGGGCGCCCUCCUCGCAUGGCUCCGUCAGAACUAUCGCACCACCCUUCACAAGCUGGCCAAUCUCACCGCGCACGGCGAAGUAACUUACGAGCUCUUGUACGGCAUUCUCGUCCCUGGGACUAUUCUCAUCACGCGCAAUGGGGCAACCGGCGAGCCGCGAGCCGUCCGGCUCCUCACUCACACGCACAACGACGAGAGGUACGCCCUUAACUGCGAGGGCAUUGAGGCUGCGGAUCCCCAGAAGGACACAUCUCGUGACGACGAGAGUGACGACGGAUACGAAGAUCAGGAGCAGAGCUCCCCACUCCAAGACAAGAGUAGGGCGUUCGGGACGUACAAUAUCACGAUCUACGUCCGCGCGUUUGGAGGCACACACAAGAUCAACAGAUUGAGCGUGUACCCGAUACAACACCACGCGGACCCUGCGGGCCUAAGGGCUUCGCUGAUCAAGCGUGGCCGCAAGUGGGCCUCGCUUAAUGGGGUGUAUCACGUCCACUAUCGCGGCCUGGCCGGCCGCCAUGUCGGUGACUCGUAUAUUCGGUAUAAUGUCACAUCUCGGAUCAUGGCUGAUAGAGGCAAUUUCGUCCGGCUUCAACCCAACUACGCAGUCCCCAAGCCGAACACGGAGCAGAUUGUCAGUCAGCUGCCUUUGGAAAAUGGGACGGUCUGGACCCAUGAGGUGGAGAAGUCAGACUUUGGACUGACUGACGACCAGCUUCUGUUGGCUACGCCUAUCCUGUACGGCUUCAGCUUGGCGGACAAAUUCUGGCUUGAGUUCAAUGUACAACUCGUAACUCCGAUCACGUGGAAUCCGGAGACUUUCGAAGCCCUGGUUCUUCCGUCCGACCGGAAGACCCUUCUGCGGUCUCUGAUUGAAUCACACGACUCUGAUUCAAACUUUGACGACUUCGUCCGUGGAAAGGGCCAAGGUCUCGUCAUCAAUCUCUUCGGCCCUCCGGGUGUGGGCAAAACCUUGUCCGCCGAGGCGACCAGCGAGCACAUUCGGCGCCCCUUGUACGUCGUCGGUAGCGGAGACCUUGGUAUCAGUCCUUCGGACCUUGACAACACGCUUGAGAGGAUCUUCGAUGUCGCAACGUGCUGGAACGCUAUCGUGCUUAUUGACGAAGCGGACGUCUUCCUCGAACAGCGCUCGCUGCACGACAUGCAGCGCAACGCGAUGGUCGCCGUCUUCCUCCGGCACAUCGAGUACUACCGUGGCAUCCUCUUCCUCACUACGAAUCGCAUCACCAUCUUCGAUGAGGCGUUCCUCUCCCGUAUCCAUGUCGCACUGCAUUUCAACGAGCUCACAACGCCUACUAAGGCGCAGAUAUGGCGUACGUUCCUCAAGAAGGCUGGUAUUGCAGACGAAGAGGUGUCCGAGGACAUGCUCGGGAAGCUCGCAGACCGCGAAAUCAACGGGAGACAGAUCAAGAAUGCUUGCCGGACGGCGACGUCUCUGGCGCGCAGCAGGAAGCAGCAGCUGAGCUAUGCGCACUUGCACGAAGCCCUGAAUGCGAUGGAAGAGUUCGUUGCUGAGUUUGCAGCUAUGCGGGCUUAGAUAUUGUGAAGGCCAGCUUCCCCCAAGGCGAACUCGACACCCAUGUAUGAUAGAUUUGACUCAAUAUGCC